UAUCAGCUGAUCUGAGCGAGCGGGAAGGGGAGUGUAGAUGCAGUAACUCAGAGAGGUACGAUGGGGCAAGGCCAUUUAAAGACUUAAAAACAAAUAAAAGGAUUUUAAAAUGAACUCUAAAAUAAACAGGCAACCAGUGCAAUGAAGAUAAAACAGGGGUAAUGUGCUCCCUCUUACGUGUUCCAGUCAAAAGCCGUGCGGCAGCGUUCUGGACCAGCUGAAGACGAGGGUUGUGAAACUGUAAACAUCAUGCCUUUCUUGGAAUUCUUAGCUGGGAGCAUUUCAGGUGCAGUGGGACUUGCAGUCGGACAUCCGUUAGACACUGUGAAGGUGCGUCUCCAAGCCCAGUCUGUGUAUAAAGGAAUAUUUCACUGUGUGAUUAAAACAUACUCUCAUGAAGGGCUCCGUGGAUUCUUUAAGGGCAUGGCGUUUCCUGUUCUGACCACUGGCAUCAACAAUGCCGCUGUCUUUGGUUCUUACAGUAAUGCUUCAGAUUACCUCACUCACUCUCAGCACAGUCAAGGCAAACCAGCAUCUGCUGCACAGGUCUUCACUGCCGGCUGCUUCUCGGGCCUGGUGCAGGUGCGUCUCCAAGCCCAGUCUGUGUAUAAAGGAAUAUUUCACUGUGUGAUUAAAACAUACUCUCAUGAAGGGCUCCGUGGAUUCUUUAAGGGCAUGGCGUUUCCUGUUCUGACCACUGGCAUCAACAAUGCCGCUGUCUUUGGUUCUUACAGUAAUGCUUCAGAUUACCUCACUCACUCUCAGCACAGUCAAGGCAAACCAGCAUCUGCUGCACAGGUCUUCACUGCCGGCUGCUUCUCGGGCCUGGUGCAGGUGUUGGCUUGUGCACCCAUCGACCUGGUGAAAGUGCGCCUGCAGGGUCAAACAUCAGCACGAUACCGUGGACCCGUACACUGUGUUACUGUCAUCCUGAGGGCGGAGGGGCUCAGGGGUCUGUUCAGAGGAGGCCUGGCCCUCGCUCUGAGGGACAUCCCGUGCUAUGGAUUCUACUUCUUGCCUUACGAGGUCAUUCGUAAAGUUCUGACUGAGAAUGGCAAAGAGCCAGGUACCUUUGCAGUAUUGAUUGCAGGUGGUGUUGCAGGUGUCGUGAGCUGGGCCAUCGCCACGCCCAUGGACGUUGUGAAAGCUCGGCUCCAGAUGUCGGGGGCCGGCGGGCGGAAGUACAGCGGGGUCCUGCACUGCAUGAGAGUGAGCGUAAGGGAGGAAGGAGUGAAGGUGUUUUCCAAAGGCCUCCUGCUGAACAGUCUGAGAGCCUUCCCGGUCAAUGCCAUCACCUUCCUCAGCUACGAGAGCCUGAUGAAGAUUUUCUAUCCACCAGCAAGUCAUUCUUGACAGUAAAUGGAUGGACACGUUGCCUAUAAGGAUAAAAUAUCUUUGAGAAGAUUUUAGCAUAACAAGUGUAGGUCUGACAUUCUCAGAUCCUACAGGCGUCAGUCUUAAGUAGUGUUUUUAAAUUCUGUGUAGAAAAGGUCAACUCUCAUUUGGCCACCAUCACUAAUCUGGUCACACUUUGAAGAUAGAAGAUGCUGCCAGUGAGCCUCACCAAAGCCUACAUUAAAGCUGCUAUAAUCAACAUUUCUGCAUUAACGAUAUUUCACAAUAAAAAUGAGAAUGUGAAAUGGGUCCAUGAAUAUGGAUUCUGAGGAAUUGUUCAUCUAACUCUGCAGUUCAGCACCCUUCGAGUUUGUUUUAAGACCGUUUUAUUUUAUAUCAGUGUUGUUUCCAUGUUCUGAUAAACCCAGCAGCAGACAGGCAGAGUUAGCAAAGAGCUGAUGAACAUACAGCAAGUACAGAGCCCGAUAUAUGCAUUCAAAGAUGCUCUUCUAAAUACCCUGGUUUUAAUGAGUAGUUAUUAGCAUUGCCUUUUCAACCAGCCCUAAGCAGUUUGACCAUUCUCACCUGACCUGACAUCAACAGGGCAUUUUCAUCCAGAGAACUGCCGCUCACUGGAUACUUUCUUUCAGAUCAUUCUCUAGAGAUGGUUGUGCAUGAAAAUCCCAGAUCAGCAGCGUCUGACCACAUUCAAAGUUACUUAAAUCACCUUUUUCCCCUCACUCUGAUGUUCGAUUUGACCAUGUCUGCCAUGAGAUUGAUUGUUUAGAUAGUUGCAUUAACAAGCAGUUGAAAGGGUGUAUCUAA